UCGCGCUUCACUCAAGAGACGAGCUUUGGCCGCCGUGUCCGACGAUGCUGACACUCACCCGCACAGCUUGCGAUGCCUGCGUGCGCCCCCUGCAGCGCCUGGCUGCUGGCUUGGCCACCGCUGCACCCAGAAUUGGCGACACCAAAGUUCCCAUGUCGUUGUUCGAAAAGAACGCCUAUAUCAACUACCAACGAAUCGAGGACAACCUCACCAUCGUCCGAGAAAGGUUGCGUCGUCCUUUGACGCUGUCGGAGAAAAUCGUAUAUGGUCAUUUGGACGAUCCUCAUAACCAGGACAUUCAGCGCGGUGUCAGCUACCUCAAGCUUCGUCCAGACCGCGUAGCUUGUCAGGAUGCGACUGCACAGAUGGCCCUCCUCCAAUUCAUGUCGUCCGGAAUGGACACAGCCGCCGUCCCUACCACUGUCCACUGCGACCACUUGAUUGAGGCUCAGAUCGGCGGUGUCAAGGAUUUGCAACGAGCUAUCGACAUCAACAAGGAAGUGUACGACUUCUUGGCUACCGCUACUGCCAAGUACGGUCUCGGCUUCUGGAAACCUGGCUCCGGCAUCAUUCACCAGAUCAUCUUGGAGAACUAUGCCUUCCCUGGUGGCCUCAUGAUCGGUACCGACUCGCAUACACCCAACGCUGGUGGCCUUGGGAUGGUGGCUUGUGGUGUCGGUGGUGCCGAUGCUGUCGACGUCAUGGCAGGUAUUCCUUGGGAGCUUAAGUGCCCCAAGGUCAUUGGCGUUAACCUGACCGGCAAGAUUAGUGGAUGGACGACUCCGAAGGACGUCAUCCUCAAGGUCGCAGGCAUUCUCACUGUCAAGGGUGGAACUGGUGCCAUCGUCGAGUAUCGUGGUUCCGGUGUAGAGUCCCUCUCUUGCACAGGCAUGGCUACCAUUUGUAACAUGGGCGCUGAGAUUGGUGCUACAACUUCGCUUUUCCCCUUCAACCACCGUAUGACCGAUUAUCUCAACGCUACCAAACGUCAUGAGAUUGCUCAGUAUGCUCAACGCUUUGCACACAAUCUCAAGGCCGACGAAGGGGCUGAAUAUGACCAAAACAUUGAAAUCAACUUGUCCGAGCUGGAGCCCCACAUUAAUGGUCCUUUCACUCCUGAUCUUGCCACGCCUCUGUCCAAGUUUGCCGAGGAAGUCAAGAAGAACGAGUGGCCUGAGGAGCUCAAGGUUGCCCUCAUCGGCUCUUGCACGAAUUCCUCGUACGAAGACAUGUCCCGUUCGGCUGCCAUUGCUCAAGAGGCCGCUGACCAUGGCUUGCAAGUCAAAAGCCAGUUCACUAUCACCCCCGGCUCUGAGCAAGUCCGGGCCACCAUUGAGCGUGAUGGUCAAAUAGGUGUCUUUGAGAACGUGGGAGGUCUUGUUCUUGCAAACGCUUGUGGUCCUUGCAUCGGCCAAUGGGACAGAAGGGACGUCAAGAAGGGCGAGCCCAACUCAAUCAUUACCUCGUACAACCGCAACUUCACAGGCCGCAACGACGCUAACCCCGCUACUCAUGCCUUCGUUGCUAGCCCCGAUAUUGUGACCGCCAUGGCAUUUGCCGGUGACCUCACCUUUAACCCCAUGAAGGACACGCUGAUCGGAGCCGAUGGCAAGCCAUUCAAGUUCUCGGACCCCUCAGGGUUUGAGCUCCCCCCUCAAGGAUAUGACCCUGGCCAGGAUACUUUCCAGCCACCCCCCACGGACCGUGCCAGUGUCAAUGUUGCCGUUGAUCCCAAGAGCGACCGUCUCCAGCUUCUGCAGCCGUUCCAGCCAUGGGAUGGUAAGACUCCCACCGACCUUCCGAUUUUGAUCAAGGUCAAGGGCAAGUGCACUACCGACCAUAUUAGUGCUGGUGGUCCCUGGCUCAAAUACCGUGGUCACCUUCAGAACAUCUCCCAAAACCUUCUGAUUGGUGCCAUCAACUCUGAGAAUGGUGAGGCUAACAAGGUUAAGAACCAGUUUACUGGCGAGUAUGGUUCCGUCCCCCAAACCGCCGCAGACUACAAGUCCAAGGGCAUCAAGUGGGUUGUUAUCGGUGACCACAACUAUGGAGAAGGUUCUUCUCGUGAGCACGCUGCUCUUGAGCCCCGGUACCUCGGUGGUCUCGCUGUCAUCGUCCGCUCCUUCGCCCGUAUCCACGAAACCAACUUGAAGAAGCAGGGUAUGCUUGCCUUGACCUUCACCAACCCAGAAGAUUACGACAAGAUCCGUCCUGACGACAAAGUCGACAUCCUGGGUCUUGAAUCCUUUGCUCCAGCCAAGAACCUUACCCUCGUUGCUAAGCACGCAGAUGGUACCAAGGAUGAAAUUUCCCUCUCUCACUCCUUUAACGAGGGUCAAAUUGAAUGGUUCAAAGCUGGAUCUGCUCUUAACUUGAUGGCGGCCAGGGCCAAGCAGUAGUCGUAGAGCUGAAUACGUGUGUGCACGACGCAUUUGCGUUUCUUGUAGGAUUUUGAAGGAUGGCUUGCUUGCCCUAUCUUUCGUGUCCGCGAAGCCCCAAAUCCUAUUGUAUUCUCAUUUCCCUGCUAUUCCGCACCCGAUUCAGGAAUACCUGUAUAAUUACUAGUAUCCGCUGACAAUGCAACAAAAGUAUCCCUAGUGUGGGGAGCAUUUACGCUAGUAGGUAGUAGGUAUCGUCGAUGUGACAGUAUCAAGAAACGUUCCCACUUCCAGAGGCUGUAUGCCACGACUCCUUGCCCACACCACUCGCC